AUGGCACAAUCACAAUUAACCGAUGCGGAUACCAUCCGUAUCCUCGUCGCCACUGAUAAUCAUGUUGGUUACGAGGAACGAGAUCCGAUCCGUGGCGAUGAUAGCUGGAAGUCAUUCGAUGAAAUUAUGAAUUUAGCCCGGAAAGAAGAUGUUGAUAUGGUUCUACUAGCUGGAGACUUAUUCCACGAUAACAAGCCGUCCAGGAAAGCCAUGUUCCAGGUUAUGCGAUCAUUGAGGAAAAACUGUCUUGGCCUGAAGCCAUGUGAAGUACAGUUCCUGAGCGAUGCGAACGAAGUCUUUCAGGGUGCCUUUGGACAUGUCAACUAUGAAGAUCCCGAUAUCAAUAUCUCCAUCCCUGUCUUCUCCAUCCAUGGCAACCAUGACGAUCCUAGCGGCGAAGGUAACUUUUGUUCUUUGGAUCUACUUCAAGUCGCCGGACUUGUGAACUAUUUCGGACGUGUGCCCCGAGCAGACGAUAUCGAAGCUAAGCCAGUUCUACUUCAGAAAGGCAUGACUAAAUUAGCACUCUACGGAUUAAGCAACGUGCGAGAUGAGCGUAUGUUUCGGACAUUCCGUGAUCAUAAUGUCAAGUGGUUUAGACCGAACCAACAAUCAAGCGAUUGGUUCAACCUCCUUGCCGUUCACCAGAAUCAUCAUGCUCAUACUGCUACCGGCUAUCUGCCCGAGAAUAUGUUACCUGAGUGGCUAGAUUUGGUCGUCUGGGGUCACGAACACGAGUGUCUGAUUGAUCCUUCGCAUAAUCCAGAGACUGGCUUCCAUGUUAUGCAACCAGGCUCCUCGGUUGCCACAUCUUUAGUCCCAGGCGAAGCCGUAGCCAAACACGUCGCCGUGGUAAGCGUCACGGGGAGAGAUUUCAAAGUAGAGAAGCAUCGGUUGAAAUCAGUCCGCCCUUUCAUGACCGCCGAGAUUAUCCUAGCAAACGAUAAGAGGUUCAAAGGUCUAGAUAAGAAGAAAGAAAACCGCCAGGAGCUCACGCGAAAAUUAAUGGACGUAGUCGAGGAAAUGAUCGAAGAAGCUAAUGCCGAGUGGGAAUCUAUUCAGGAGGGUGAUUCUCUAGACGGUGAACGACCUCUACCCUUAAUUCGUCUAAAGGUUGAGUACACUGCUCCAGAAGGAGGCCAUUACGAUAUCGAGAAUCCGCAGCGAUUCUCCAAUCGGUUCCAAGGAAAGGUUGCAAAUACCAACGAUGUUGUAUACUUCUAUCGGAAAAAGACGGCGCAGAGGAGAACUGCAAAAGACACAGAAUUAUCAGAAGAGCUAUUAGCAGCCUUAGACGAUAUAGACGACAUUAAAGUCGGCAAGCUGGUUGAAGAAUUUUUGUCUGCCCAAGCACAAUCCCUGAAAAUUCUUCCACAAGCACCAUUCGGUGAUGCAGUUAACCAGUUCGUUGACAAAGACGACAAGCAUGCUAUGGAAUCGUUUGUGAGCGAGUCUCUCUCGGAGCAAGUGAGACAGAUGCUACUAUUAGAUGGCAACGAAGCCGACCCUGAAAACAUGUAUACAGCAAUGGGACAUAUUAAACAGAUCCUCGAGAAGCAGUAUACUGCAGGCAACCUAAAACAGGCAAAACGACUUAAAUAUAAACCAAAGCCGGACCUUUGGGACUCCGAUCUCGAUGGUCAUUGGGAAGAUCAACCCCAGGCAAUCGAUCACGAGACAACUACUACCAAGACAACGCCCCAAAUAAGCCAGCCCAAAGGCCGCGGGAGAAAAGCAGCACAAGUUAUAGAAGAUGAGGAGGACGAUAUGGAGGACGUCGAGCCGCAACCGCCUGCGCCAAAGACAAGGGCAAGAGGUAGGCCAGCAGCAGCAGCAGCAGCUAAACCUAAGGCAACCCUAGCGAAGAAAGCGCCUGCCAAAGGCCGAGGUCGUAAAGCUCAGGUAUUCGAACAGUCAGAAGAAGAGGAAGAAGACGUUGUAAUGGAUGACGACGAUUUCGAUCCCCCGCCGCCACCACCAAAACGCACUACGACGAGAACUACAACGACGAGGGCGGCAUCUACUAGGUCAUCGCAGACAGCGAAGGCUGCGUCUACUGCUGCUGCGUCCAAGGCGGCCCCGAAGCCACGCCAGACGAAAUUGAACUUUUCGCAAAAGGCGUCGCAGCAGGAGCCGUUGGAGAUUAGUGAUGAUGAGAUUUCAGAUGAUUUUGAGUCGGUGCCGGAAACUAGGACUCGGAGGCGUUGA